UGUUGAAUUGAAACAGUAAAGCGUUUAGUGAAUUAUCAUGGAUGUAGCGGAUGCGCAUGUUGGACAGCUUCGUGUUCGGGAUGAAGUGGGAGAGCGAUGCCAGAAAUUGUUCCUGGAUUUCCUCGAAGAGUUUAAGGAGGAUGGCGAGAUGAAGUAUCUGAAGACCGUGUUAGACCUGGUCAAUCCGGACAGGUCUACGCUCGAGGUGAGCUUCGAAGAUGUGGAGAGUUACAACCAAACAUUGGCUACAGCGAUUAUUGAGGAGUACUAUCGGAUCUUCCCCUACCUGUGCCAAUCUGUAUCGCAUUUUGUGCGGGAUCGAACCGUAUUGAAAAAGGCUAAAGAAUGCUACGUAUCGUUUGUGGAUGUUCCUACGCGUCAUAAGGUUCGCGAGCUGACCACUGCCAAGAUUGGAACGCUGAUUCGCAUCUCUGGUCAGGUGGUACGCACGCACCCAGUGCACCCCGAGCUAGUUUUGGGCACGUUCGUGUGCCUGGACUGCCAGACAGAAAUCCGCGCCGUCGAACAACAGUUUAAGUUCACGAAUCCGACUAUCUGCCGCAAUCCAGUGUGCGCCAAUCGCCGUCGUUUCAUGCUGGAAGUGGACAAAUCGUUGUUCAUUGACUUCCAAAAGGUUCGCAUACAGGAGACGCAGGCGGAACUGCCUCGUGGUUGUAUACCUCGCUCGGUGGAGGUGAUUUUACGAGCAGAAAUGGUGGAAACCGUGCAAGCCGGAGACCGAUACGAUUUUACUGGAACGCUGAUCGUCAUACCCGAUGUGGGAGCAUUGCAGCUGCCCGGAGCAAAGGCCGAGAUUGGGUCACGCCACAAGCAGGGUGAUAAUGCCGCCGAAGGAGUGCGCGGGCUAAAGGCACUGGGUAUGCGCGACUUGAACUACAAGAUGGCUUUUCUGGCGUGCUCGGUGCAGGUAACCUCGUCCCGUUUCGGUGGAACUGAUUUGCCGAUGAGUGAGGUCACUGCGGAAGACAUGAAGAAGCACAUGACUGAUGCGGAAUGGAAAAAGGUGUACGAAAUGUCGCGUGAUCCUCGGCUGUACUCACACUUGAUCAACAGCCUGUUUCCCUCGAUCUACGGAAACGACGAGGUAAAACGGGGAAUUCUGCUGAUGUUAUUCGGAGGUGUCGCCAAAACUACACAAGAGAAAACGACACUUCGUGGUGACAUUAACGUGUGCAUUGUAGGAGAUCCAAGUACGGCAAAGUCUCAGUUCCUGAAGCAAGUGUCGGAUUUUUCUCCGCGUGCAGUGUACACGUCAGGAAAAGCGUCGUCCGCUGCCGGUCUUACAGCGGCUGUAGUAAGGGAUGAGGAAAGUUUCGAUUUCGUUAUCGAGGCCGGAGCACUUAUGCUGGCGGACAAUGGUAUUUGCUGUAUCGAUGAGUUCGACAAGAUGGACCCGCACGACCAGGUUGCGAUUCACGAGGCCAUGGAGCAGCAAACGAUUUCCAUUGCCAAGGCGGGCGUACGUGCCACACUGAAUGCCCGUACCUCAAUCUUGGCCGCUGCCAAUCCAAUCGGUGGCAGGUACGAUCGAUCGAAAUCGUUGCAGCAAAACAUUCAGCUGACGGCUCCGAUUAUGUCGCGUUUCGAUCUGUUUUUCAUUCUGGUGGACGAGUGCAACGAGGUGGUUGACUAUGCGAUCGCAAGAAAGAUUGUAGACCUGCAUUCCCACAUCGAAAAUCGUGUUGAGCAGGUUUAUUCGCGCGAGGAUGUGCUGCGGUAUAUAAUGUUCGCACGACAGUUUAAGCCAGUUAUCAAACCAGAAGCGAUGGAGCUGCUGGUUGAAAACUACGGACAUUUGCGACAGCGUGACACCGGUACAACGGGCAAAAGCACCUGGCGAAUAACUGUACGACAGCUGGAAAGUAUGAUUCGUUUGAGUGAAGCGAUGGCCAAAAUGGAGUGUAGCGAGGUGGUGACCGAACAGCACGUGAAGGAAGCUUACCGGCUGUUGAACAAGUCGAUCAUCCGUGUCGAGCAACCGGACAUUCAUUUGGACGAUGAGGAGGAAAACGAAAACAUUAUGGAUACUGGUGAGGAUACACCAGCAGACACGCAGGAGGAUACACAAGGAACGAACGGAACGGAAGAAAAUGGCCACGAUGCAGUGACCGUCACGAAAAAGAAGUUGACACUUUCCUUUGAAGAGUACAAAAAUCUGUCCAACAUGCUGGUGAUACAUAUGCGCAACGAGGAGAGCCGCUUUGAAUCGGAAGAGCUUGAACAGGAGGGAAUCAGUAAAACACAGCUCAUAAACUGGUACCUUGGCCAGGUUGAGGACCAGUUGGAAACGGUCGAGGAGUUGACGGAGAGAAAGAUCUUGAUAGAAAAGGUGAUCGAUCGAUUGAUUUAUCACGAUCAAGUAAUCAUACCAUUGAAGAAGUCCGGACUCGACGAAAAGGGACCAUCCGAAGACGAAGAUGUGCUGCUGGUGGUUCAUCCUAAUUAUAUUGUGGAAAGUUAAUUUAAUGAGCCUU